UUAGUGUUCCUUAUAUGUUCAGGGUUCUGAUUUGAGGUCUAAAAUUCUCCAAGUAUUCAAAUGCGGUGUUAGGGUGUUUAUUCCAUCAAGAAUGAAUUUCAGGAGAAGUGGUGUUCUGAACAAGCGUUUUGCCUCUGUGGAAGUUAUAACAUUGUUCCCCACAGUCCUGGGUGGCUGGGGAGACCUCCCAUUUCAGAAUUCUCAUCUGUCAAUAGGUGCUUUAUGAAACCCUGGAUCCAUCGCGUCAUUAUGAAGGACUUCAGACUGCGGUUUGCUAAAGCAGAAUAAAUUUUCUUGGGGGUUGUACCGUUAUGUACACACACACACACACACACACACACACACACACACGCCCAUUGGCAGACAGGGCCACACCUCACAGCUCUGGAGGAAGCCACAGACCUCAGCUGUACCAGCGCAGCUCCGGCUAGGGGAACUUUCCGUGGAACUCGGGACGAACAGCCUCACAGCGACGACCUGUCGGUCCGCGGAGCGGAGCGCGGGGCGAGCGUGGACAGCGGGGAGUCGGCGUGCAGAGGAUUCGGGCCGGGACUGGACGGCGGCGGGUCCCGGGAGCAGCAGAAGUUGGUGCCCGUGCGCGCUCCCGCCGUCCAGGGGCAGCCGCAUCCCCGGCGCCCCCGGCAGCAUCGCCGUCUCCAGCCAGCGCGGAACAUGGCUGCGCCCCGCGCCACAGUCUCCUACGCGCUACUGCUGCUGCUGCUGUCCUCCGCCCUGCUCCGUCUCGGCUGUCGGGCGCGCUUCGCUGCCGAGCCGGACUCAGAUGAGGACGGAGAGGAACCAGUGGCGUUCCCCGAGUCGCCCCUGCAGAGCCCUACGGUGCUCGUGGCUAUCCUCGCCCGCAAUGCCGCGCACACACUGCCUCACUUCCUCGGCUGCCUGGAGCGGCUGGACUACCCCAAGAGCAGGAUGGCCAUCUGGGCAGCCACCGAUCACAAUGUGGAUAACACGACGGAGAUACUCAGGGAGUGGCUGAGGAACGUACAGAGGCAGUAUCACUAUGUGGAGUGGAGGCCGAUGGAUGCACCGGAGUCUUACCCUGAUGAAAUCGGACCAAAGCACUGGCCAAGUUCCCGAUUUGCCCACGUCAUGAAACUACGACAAGCAGCCCUUCGAACUGCGAGGGAAAAGUGGUCAGACUACAUCCUGUUCAUAGAUGUCGACAAUUUCCUGACGAAUCCACAGACCCUGACCCUGAUGAUUGCAGAGAACAAAACCAUUGUGGCCCCUAUGCUGGAGUCCCGAGGCCUGUACUCUAACUUCUGGUGUGGGAUCACACCUCAGGGCUUCUAUAAGCGGACACCAGACUACCUUCAGAUUAGAGAGUGGAAGAGGAUGGGCUGCUUCCCCGUCCCCAUGGUCCACUCCACCUUCCUGAUUGACCUCAGGAAAGAGGCCUCCACCAAGCUGGCUUUCUACCCCCCACACCAGGACUACACCUGGACCUUUGACGACAUCAUCGUUUUUGCCUUCUCCAGCAGGCAAGCAGGCAUCCAGAUGUACCUCUGCAACAAAGAGCAUUAUGGCUACCUGCCCAUCCCUCUGAAGCCCCAUCAGACACUGCAGGAAGACAUCGAGAACCUCAUCCACGUGCAGAUAGAAGCAAUGAUUGACCGUCCUCCAAUGGAACCUUCCCAGUUUGUGUCAGCUGUCCCUAAGUAUCCAGACAAGAUGGGAUUUGAUGAGAUCUUCAUGAUCAACCUCAAACGCAGGAAGGACAGGCGGGACAGGAUGCUGCGCACACUCUACGAACAGGAGAUUGAGGUCAAGAUCGUGGAGGCCGUGGAUGGGAAGGCUCUCAACACAAGCCAGCUGAAGGCCUGGAACAUUGAGAUGCUGCCAGGGUACCGGGAUCCCUACUCCUCCAGGCCUCUAACGCGGGGUGAAAUUGGCUGCUUCCUUAGCCACUUCUCUGUCUGGAAAGAGGUUAUUGACCGGGACCUGGAGAAGACGCUCGUCAUUGAGGACGAUGUCCGCUUUGAGCAUCAGUUUAAGAAGAAGCUCAUGAAGCUGAUGGAUGACAUUGACAAGGCGCAGCUGGACUGGGAACUGAUAAACACCCCAAGGUCCCCAGGUGUGCACCCAAGUUACAUUGGCAGGAAAAGAAUGCAAGUCAAAGAGCCAGAGAAAGCAGUGCCCAACGUUGUAAAUCUGGUUGAAGCUGACUACUCCUACUGGACGCUGGGCUACGCCAUCUCUUUGGAGGGAGCACAGAAGCUGGUUGGAGCUGAUCCCUUUGGGAAGAUGUUGCCAGUGGACGAGUUUCUGCCAAUCAUGUACAACAAGCAUCCCGUAGCCGAGUACAAGGAGUUUUACGAAUCCCGGGACUUGAAAGCCUUCUCCGCGGAGCCUUUGCUCAUCUACCCCACGCACUACACAGGCCAGCCUGGCUAUCUGAGCGACACAGAAACGUCAACCAUCUGGGACAACGAAACAGUUGCCACUGACUGGGACAGGACACACUCCUGGAAGUCCCGGAAGCAAGGACACAUCCACAGCAAGAACACAGAAGCACUGCCACCGCCGACUUCUCUGGACACUGCGCCUUCAAGGGACGAGCUCUGAAAGCUCCCGGGAGCAGUGUCUACACGGUUCACCACUGUAUGGCUUCUCUAAAGGGAUGCUCUUCUGUGUCUUCCAGGUUUUUUUGUUUGUUGGUUGGUUGGUUGGGUUUUUUGUUUUGUUUUUGUUUUUAGAGAGAUGGUUGUCAUCUAAUCAAAGUGAUUUUAUGUGAUUGAUCAAAAUAAUAUACUUUAAAUAGUGAAGAACAGAGAAAUUAGAACCCAAAUUCCCUGGGAUACCUUUACUGGAAUGGCCAAGUUAAACUGCAGUCCAAAUGCCCAGUUCUGCUCACUAGCCAUAGAAUGCUGUUCGCCACACAGAUGUGGCAACAGUUCAUAUUCUUGUCCAAGAGGUGGCACCACCAAGCUGUCAGAGCAGUAAGUGGGCAGUUAAAGCAGACAAGCCAUUGGACCUGGUUACUCAUCUGAGUGCUCCAUUUUCUGUGACAGAUGUGACCUUGAGGGCUUCAAGCCAUCUAAACUAUACUUAUUGGUCUAUUUUAUGUGACCUUGAACAUUGGCCUAUGUAACAAAUGCCUGGGAGUAGGGAAAUCAAAUCAUUAAUUUGGCUUUUAUUGAAAGGAGUUCUGUCGUGAGCCUACUACAGAGUGGGUGCUUCCUUCUUGGCCUCCUUAUCCAAUGGAGUGGGUAGCUGGCUUGGGCUGAGAUGUAGCUCUUGACCAUCAUGGCAGCUAGAUCUCUCAUUAACGUGUCUAGCUUCCAUGUGGCUAUAAUAUUUAGAUAUUUAUGAGGGGAAUGUCUUAAUCUUUGGCAUUUUUAUUGUGGCUUCUUGAGUCCAAUAUGAUGUGCUAUAUAUAAAAAAUGGUAAUAUAUACAACGUAAGGAAUGGGGCAAUUCCAGCCCUGUGCGGGGUUCCCUUGCUGCUCCAGCCCCUCCCGCCCUUUGUGUUGUAAUUGGAGCUGUGGGGCUGCAUCCCCAGCACCCCGGCUGCCUGCUAGCUUAUGCCUCGAAAUAAUUAC